AGAUGGCUUCACCUUUGCUCCCCUCCUGGCUUUCCACUAGUUUUGUGGAAUUACAUACAGUACUGAGGAGGUAUGCGUCAGCAAUGCGCUGGUCGACUUCCGGAUGCCUUUACUUAGACGGUUCUCCCCUAUCUAGCUUCCCCAGUUAUAUUUUGUACCUUAAAUGUCCCUAUGUAUCGGAGUCUGACAAUUCAAAACAAUUUCCAGCAAAGUCCUGUGAAGUGUUAUCCUUGUAAGGUCCUCUGACAGCUUAUUAUAUUGCAUUUUCUCCUUGUAUGUGUAUGUUUAAAGUGCUAGCAUUGGCCAAGUUCCUCUGCAGUGUUCCGGCCUUCGGCCUGCCGGCGUACAGAUCGGCUCUUGACACUUCGUCACACUCCUCCUCCGGGCCGCACACACUGCCAGCCUCAGCUGGCAGACCUGCUGCCACGCCGCAUCCCUGUCGUCAACGUAGGACACACUCCCGUGCGUGCUGUGCCAGCCAGCCAGCCAGCCAGCCAGCCAGCCUCCCCUCCCAGUAUCACCUGAUGCUUCUGCCUCCUAACUGCCAGGCAGCCAUUACCUCAUCUCAGCACGGGCAUCAGUUUUUCCUCCACUGUUUGCUUGUCAGUGUUUCAACAUGGGUUGGAGUUGAAGCGACAGAGGCAGGCCCCGAAUCAGAGGUGAAGAGAACAAGACACGAGUCCUCCCGGACAGCAGGGGGCAGCAGCAGCAGGCGGCAUGCAGGAAUCUGCCUCAGACAGCAAGAUGGCAAAACAGGAACAGAACUCCAAGAAUCUGGACGAACACAGGGAAACAGACGAAAUGUCUGAGAAGACGUCGUCAAACAAGAACCUCAAAUCCCCCCAGAAAGGCUCCAAGCGACUUAAAACAGCCCCCUUCAAAGUGACGCUGCUGGACUCCUCGGAGUUUGAAGGAGAAAUUGAGAAACACUCCAGAGCACAGACCCUGAUGGACAUGGUGUGUGAGCACCUCAACUUGUUGGAGAAGGACUACUAUGGCCUGACCUUUGCCGACACAGACACACAGAAGAACUGGUUGGACCCCUCCAAGGAGAUCAAGAAGCAGAUGCGAAACUCUCCGUGGCACUUUGCCUUUGCAGUCAAGUUCUACCCUCCAGACCCCUCCCAGCUCACCGAGGAUAUCACCAGAUACUACCUGUGUCUGCAGCUGAGGGAUGACAUGCUGUCAGGUCGACUGCCCUGCUCGUUUGUCACUCAUGCCCUCCUGGGCUCCUACAGCGUUCAAGCCGAGCUGGGCGACUAUGACCAGGACGACCACGGCCCUGACUACGUCAGUGAUUUCCGCUUCGCCCCCAAUCAGACCCGCGAGCUGGAGGAGAGGGUGAUGGAGCUCCAUCGAAACUACAAGGGGAUGACUCCAGCAGAGGCUGAAAUUAACUUCUUGGAGAAUGCGAAGAAACUGUCCAUGUACGGCGUGGACCUCCACCACGCGAAGGAUUCUGAAGGGAUUGACAUAAUGCUGGGCGUCUGUGCCAACGGUCUGCUGAUUUACCGGGAUAGGCUGAGAAUCAACCGCUUUGCCUGGCCAAAGAUCCUAAAGAUCUCUUACAAGAGGAGCAACUUUUACAUCAAGAUACGACCAGGAGAGUACGAGCAGUUUGAAAGUACAAUUGGUUUUAAGCUUCCCCACCACAGAGCUGCCAAGAGGCUGUGGAAGGUCUGCAUUGAGCAUCACACCUUCUUCCGGUUGGUUUCUCCGGAGCCUCCACCUAAGGGCUUCUUGGUGAUGGGUUCAAAGUUUCGAUACAGUGGAAGGACACAGGCUCAAACCCGACAGGCCAGCGCGCUCAUAGAUCGGCCUGCUCCCCACUUUGAGCGCUCCGCCAGCAAGAGGUACCUGCUGUCCAGGAGCUUGGACGGAGAGUUCUCACGGCCAGUCUCGGCCAUGUGCGAGAACCACGAUGGCCUGUCCCGCCGCAGCAUCAGUGAACAGCGCCACCUCCACAGCCCCUCUGUGGACGAGCAGGAGACAGAGCUGGAGCCCAGCUUGGAGCAGGAUGAGGAGGACCAUGACCUGGAACAGGACCAGGAGUCAGAGCAGGACAAAGACGAUGACGGCAACGUCACUCCAAGCCGAAAGAAAGAGAUCAUGGAGGAGGCUGGGUCACCAGUUGACAGUAAACAGGAGUUUUUGGACAAAUCUAAGGACGUCUUGCUGAAGCACCAGGCCAGCAUCAACGAGUUGAAGAGAGCCCUGAGGGAACCGAACAGCAAGCUGGUGAACCGUGAGAAGCGUCUGUCCGGAACCUCCCCGACCGGCACACCAGAGAAGAAGGCUUCUGUGGGCCGAGCAGUUGGAAAGGACCCUAUUAACAGCCUGUCUGUUGAGGGUCUCGUCCAGAAGACUGUGGUGACUUCACCUGAGGGUUCUGAGGAGUGGGUAUUGAUUGAAAAACAAGAAAAUGAUCAACCAGACCAUGACUGGAAGGCAGAAGAAAGGAACAAAUGUGUCACAUUGGAUUCCUCGUGGGAGAAAAAAGAGCUGGAAAAAGAGAUAGAUCUUACCAAGAUGAUACACAAAGAGGUAACAGGGUAUGACAGAAAAGGAAUGAAAAGCCAUAUCGAUGACACAAAAUUGUCCAGUGAGGCAGAUGUAUGCUCUGAAUCUUGGUCGACCAACAAAGGUCGUUUUGUGAUCCAAUUAUCUGAGAACGCGGACUUGUUUCAAGACAAAUCUCCAAGUAAACCUUCUCAUGCCUCGGACCCUGAGGCAAACAGCGAUGUGGCCCCAGGCUCCUACCAAACGAAGGACUGCACACCUUCUAAACAAAGGAAAAAGAGGAGACCCCAGAGCCUUAACCUGGGGAUGCCUGCAGAGCUUGUGUACAGGAAAGGAGGCAGUGAUUCUACUGGAGAGGAAAAUGAAGACUCAGACUCGGACAUUAGUCCAGAAAAUUUGUUUCAAACGGGACAUAAGUGUGAGUCAUCCCCGUUGGUAGUGAAGAAAGAUGAUAAGGGAUCAGAAAACAAUCAGUCUGUCAGGGUCUAUACAGACACCAAAAAGGACGAAAUUUCAGUAGGAGAAACCAGAGAGGUCUCCACUCAAAGCACAGAGCAGGUGAAGACAAAAAGAGUGAGUCAGGUUGGAGCAACGGAAAUUGAUUUAGGGUCAGUGAAUGGACCCAGAAAGAUAGAACAUGAUGGUUCAUUAGCAGGUGUUAAAGGAGAAUGUGUGAUGAAGGUGCGCGGCAAAGGCCUCAUUGACAAUAAGGAGCUAGCAGAGGUAAAACUACGACAGGUCAGGACACACGAGAGGAAGAUCAGUAGUUCUGGGCCAGAGGAUAUUGAAGGUUUCUUGGGAGAGAGAGGUCAGCGGACCUCUCUCAACCGUCUGUCGGGCAGCAGCUGCCAGUCGGAAAUCACCAGGAUUGUUCCUCUGAAGCCAGAGCGGUCUAAGAGCGUCGCGGGUAAGGAUGAAAGUGACAGGACAGGACUGGACGAGCCCACUCGUGUCACUAGAAGAGAAUACCGAUGGUCAGUCGGCUCUCCGGAGGGAUCCUCAGACCUCAACUGGACCGAUGUUUCCGCCUUCCACGCAGCAUUUGCAGCAGAUCUGGAGGGCACUGCUACAAAAGAGCAACCUGACGACAGCUAUCAGUCUGGUAGAGGACCUGCAGAAAGUCAGUCAUUUGGCUCAAAGAUUUCAGCGCUACACAAAAUAACUCCCCCAGCCCCGCCAGUGAAAACACAGAAGGCCAGGGAGUCCGGACUGAUACUGCGGAACAGUCGAAAUGUCGGAAGGGAGCCGAGCCUGGAUACAGCGAAGAAGAGACACUCGGAGCCUGUCUCCACUCCUGCCAUUUAUGAAGAGCCGUUUGCUGAUUUCAAGAAGGAAUUUGGGGACAGGAGGCCCCAGCCGAACGUAGCUCCAGAGGAAGAGCAGGAGCGGGACACCGUGGCUUGCAUGAGGGAAUCCCACCUGGGCAUCGAGCGGAAGUGCUCCAGCAUGACCGUCAGCUCCACGUCCAGCCUGGAAGCUGAGGUUGACUUCACAAUCAUAACAGAUCUCCACUCUGGCAUGGAGGACUUCUCUAGAGGCAUGUCGGAGCUGGGGGAGAGGGAGCGGCAGCCAGAGGUGGGCCGGGAUGACUUUGAGGAGACCUCCAGGUUCUACUCUGCCCGCCUGAUGGGCUCUCGGGACAAGUCACCCAUAGAAGAGAAGUUCCUUGAGGAGGGAACACAACACGAGCCUCCUGUGGCAAAGAAAGACGCCAGUGCUGUGAAUGUGGCCCACAUGAUGAAGAGGGCCGACAGCAAGACUGAGACGCAUACCAAUGGAUCAGAGGUCCACCACAUCAUCAUCGAUGAGACACCGCAGAACUUUGGAGUCGUCAGCCCGACUGAGGCUCCUGCUGCCCUUAAAGAAAAUGGCUCCCCUGUUAAAGCCAGCAUCCAGGGGAGGGAGUCUGUCGUGUCCCCGCUGACCAUCACCGCUGAGAGCGUCACCUCGGCAACCACAACACAAGUUACCAAGACUGUCAAAGGUGGCUACUCGGAGACCAGAAUCGAGAAGAGGAUUAUCAUCACAGGGGACGAUGAUGUGGACCAACACCAGGCCCUCGCCAUGGCGAUCCAAGAGGCCAAGCAGCAGCACCCCGACAUGCUGGUGACGAAAGCAGUGGUUAUCAGGGAAACGGAGUCUCCCACUGAAGACGUGCAGCAGCGGGCAGAGUCCUGAUCGGUCAUGCUUGCCCCCUGAGACAGGGAGACACGAGAGGGAUCCACCCUGCAGUGCGCCACCAAGAGGACUAUCUACCCCCACUGUGGACACACCGACACAAGAACAGACUGCGUUCCAUGAAGUGGUCAGCAGACCCUUCUCUCCUGUCCCUUUAGACAAUCCAGCUGUGACCCGACCUCCUCGCCCUCGUCCCGUCCCGACCUGUCCCAGCCCCUCCAUCUUACAGGACGUGAAACGACUUCACCACCCGGAGUGACGCAAGACUGAAAGAAUCAACCCAGUCACUGCUGUUACUAUUUGAAUUCGCCCCUAUUAAGAAUGAUUUGUUUGAAACUUUACUUGCGUAUUAUUUUAAUCUUACACAGGAUCCUUUUUAGAUCCCAAACUGCCCAUGGCCUCACCUUUCCCUCAAAAAUCUAUUUUAAAGUCAAAUAUCUCCUCCGUGCUACUGUCAUAUAUGAAAUGUACUUAAGAGCAGAGAAUGGUUGGGUGAAAGUAUGGGCGCGGUGCUGGUGAUUGGGGGGCUGCUGAGGUUGGUGCCAAGUGGCAAAAGGCAGCCUUUCAGCUCAUUGCUGCCACCUCUUGGCUGUGACGCCCACAGUAUAAUCAACUGCUGUCUUAUUAGCUUUUUACAUUUUUAUCCAUAGAGAAUCUAAUUUAUGUCCAGUGUUUGCUUGUUUAAGAAAUAUGUAUGAUAUCAGAUGAUUAUAAUCUGCAUGUUUCAAUAAAGGAAAAUGAUGAAUAGCUGAGGGAAUGAGAAAAAACAACAACAACACGGACACAGUUGAAAUCCACAAGAAGCUCCGACAUGAUGAGACUGAGCACACAUGGAGAAACUGUAAAGAGAAAAAAAUGAAAAUACAGAAAACAUGCUGGUGGACAACUAAUGUAGACGAACUCUACGGAGGAACAGGAGGAAAGUUCAGUGGCAGCUGAAACUCUGCUUUGGUACCAGUCUCCAACACGCCAACAUCACUGUCCCAUUUUCCCGCCUCCUCACUGUAAUAUUUUCCAUCUGGUGUCUGCUCACCAUCAACAUAAAGAAACGCCGGGCACACGUUUUGGGCACAGUCAUAAAGAUUUGUAGAGACAUUUUAAUAUGAAAAACGUUUCAUUGUCAAGUUUCAGAACUGUGAUGACAUGUUUCUACCGUUUUUUCCUACUUGAUUUCACUGACUUCCACCAUGAAACAGAGUUAUAGUUAUCCUUGUGGUUUGUCUUGGACGUUUCGGUCUUCAGUUGUGAACCUGCUGACAUCGCUCUUCAAAUCAUUUUUUUUUUUAUCCUUCUACUUUGAAAAAUACUGAAGUGAAACGUAAGCAAAGUCAUUUAGAGACAUGGCGCCCAACUCCAAACAGCAAGUCUGCUUAGUUGGGAUACUGUUAUGCAUUUAAGAGAAAUACAGUGAAUCAGGGAGCUGACGUUUUGCUGUGCCUGAAUUAUCUUGAAUCUUGUACCUACCUUUUCAUUCCAUAUUCAAAAUCAGAACUGACAUCCUUGUCAAUAAUCAACUGUCAUAUUUUAUUCUUUCAACCUGCUAUAGUAGAUUUGUUGGGGUCACUUAGAGGCAGCGCAGCGAGAUGUGAACGCAACAUUGACGUAUCAUUUGUUAAACAGCAGAUUUUCCAAUUUUUGAUUCAACGUGCAUGUUCACAAACACUUCCUGAAACGUUCAAAACCACAAGACUAACCCGGGUUAUUUUUGUUGUUGUUAUUGUUGUUGUUUUCUGACGGAUUAACCUUAAACCUUAAGUUAUGGUGUAUGAGUUUGUGUUUGUAUUUAUAGGAGUGGCGAGUGUGAGGCCUGUGCUUUCCCCCCCCCCUCGUUUCCCUCGCGGACAAAGCCGAGACCCGUAGUGCGACACACAUGAUUAUCCACAGGACCGUGACUUAUAUAUCCCGGGUGACCUUUAAUACUAUACUAUGCAUCACUUAUCAUCCACGAGAAUCCCCCCUGAUGGACCCCGACCUGUGUUAGCCACGUUGCCGUCAUUGUUGGACUUUGUGCUGUGAGGCACACUGCUUAGUGAGCAUCGCAAUAAGCAGCCGUUCGUUCUUAUCCUCUGUCCUCUAAAGGGAGAACACUGUGAGCUCUCAUGUGCACCGAAGGUGUAACCAAAACCUAAAACAGACUUAGUGAUAUUUAAAGGAGCUUUUCCAACACUUGGCUUUCCAUGGCUUUGUCCCCCCCUUGUCUAAUCCCCCCCAUUUCCUCGACUUGAAACUGACUACCUGCUGUUGAUGUGUCCGUGGAAACUACAGAUUCCCACACUGAUGUAUAUUCUAAUUUUGCUCUAUUUUAUUUGAUCUGGUCAUGUGACACUGGACUGUUGUGAAUGCACUAGCUUGCCAUGAUAGCAGCACAUAUACUGUAAACUGUCGGGGAAACAAUUAGACUGACUGUCCUCUCUGCAGUAGUGGACACUGCUGUUGGAAGAGAAACACCUGUAGGCGUCAGGAGAGGAGUUGUGAGUGAGUGAGUGAGUGAGUUGAAAGAUGGAGGGAGGGCCUUAUAUAAAUAUUAAUAUAUGAAUAUCCAUACUCGUGUGUAUUGUCCCGUAAACCCCUGUAGAAAUGGACCGGUGCAGGGACGUGUUGGUAGGCUCAAGGGACGAGGCGGUUAAGUAAAACCCAAAAGGACAGCAGAUAAAAUAGAAAUGUCACAUGGACGGACGGGUGCCUUAUGUUCGGAGUGCUGGUUGUGGGAGUGGCAGUUCUCAGUGCUCAGCUGAAAGUGCUGUUGAUCACCAUGAGGCCGAUGUAGAAACGACCUCUGCUGUCAGACCAAGGUGAGGAGGAGCCGUGCUGAAAGUGAAUUAGUGUCUAGUAAAAGAAAGUGACACUGUGUGUGCAGUGAAGAACUAGAGUCUCUGAAUCUGGACUGUUAAUCCACAAUGAAAAAUUAUAAAUAUAUAUAUGGGCCCCAUUGACGUAGAAAACCAGCACAGUGCAGAUUAUGGAUAUGAGUUUAAUUUAUUUAUUUUGUAGAGUUUUUUUUUUAUAUUUUUGUUUUAUUACAAUUUUUUUCUGUGAAGAGCAUCAACCUGCUCCGCUUUUUUAGCCUCCACCUUCAAUCCUCCACUGCCUUUUGCUCUACAUUCCCCUCGUGCUUGGUGGUGUGUAUUUGCUGUAUUUGCAUUCAGCCUAAAUGAAAAAACAUACAUAAAUAAAUGUCUCAGUAUGAUUCAAACACUGUCUCUGAUUCUGAAAAAAGGGGAGUGGGAUUUUUACGUUGGGUGGUAAUGAAGGAGUGAAACUUGGGUAAAUGUUGUUACUGGUUUUUUGUUCUUUUUUUUUUUUUACAUCAAUGUGGCUUCAACAUUUUCAUGCAUUAAUAAUUCCCCAUAUGAAAUAAAGGACUUCAGUAAUAUCA